AUGUCGACAGAGGAAGAAAGUCCUACUUUGCCUAUGAUCGAAAAACCGGAGGAAAAGAGAAAAGGCCUACAUCCCGUAUUUUUUAUCAUAGCUUGGAUUGCUCUAAGCUCUUGUUUGAUUCUGUACAAUAAGCAAGUCCUUGGCUAUGGGGGUUUUGAAUUCUCACUAAUCGGUCAUCCACUUACAGCUUUCCCAAUUAUCCUCACAACAUGGCAUCUCACGUUUGCUACGAUCAUGACCCAGAUCCUCGCCCGGUUUACAAGCCUCCUCGAUGGCCGCAAGAGGGUCAAAAUGACCGGCCGUAUAUAUCUGCGCGCCAUCGUACCAAUUGGCGUCUUCUUUAGCUUGAGUUUGAUAUGCGGAAAUGUGACGUACCUUUAUUUAAGUGUCCCAUUCAUCCAGAUGCUCAAGUCCACGACUCCGGUGGUCAUACUCUUUUUCACAUGGACAUUCAAACUCGAACCCUAUAGCUCCAAACAACUUAUCAACGUGUGUGUGAUCGUGAUCGGAGUCAUGAUUUCCUGUUUCGGCGAAGUCGACUUUGUUCUGGUGGGAGUGCUCUUCCAGAUCGGAGGCAUUGUCUUCGAGGCCGUCCGCCUUGUCAUGGUCCAGCGUCUCUUGUCGUCCGACGAAUUCAAAAUGGACCCGUUGGUCUCCCUCUACUAUUUUUCGCCUAUUUGCGCUCUCAUGAAUGGUGCGGUUGCUGCUGCUGUUGAGCUGCCACGAUUUAGAUUAGACGACGUAUGGCAUGUGGGUGUGUGGACGUUGAUUGGGAACGCCGUGGUGGCAUUCAUGCUCAAUAUCUCUGUUGUUUUCCUUAUAAGCAAAACCUCGUCCCUUGUCAUGCGCCUUUGCGGUAUACUCAAAGACAUUCUGAUCGUCAUAUCCUCGCUCAUCCUCUGGAACACGCCAUUGACCGGCCUGCAAGUUUUGGGAUAUACCAUUGCGCUGCUGGGGCUAAUCUACUAUAUGCUUGGAUACGAUCGCAUUGUGGGCUUCUCUUCGCGUGCGACGGGCAUGAUCAACGAAUACCGGGCCAAGAACCGCCUUAUAUCCAUUCUGAUCCUUCUACUUGUGGGCUUUAUGAUAGUGCUCACAGUUACGGGUCUCUUGGCUGUGAAGUAUGCCCCGGACAGCAUACAGAAUUUGAAAAGUUGGGUGUACUAUACGACAGCAGGGGAUGAUACGACAUAG